AUGAAAUUUCUUUUUGCAUUUUCGACGUUAUCAGUAACUGUUGCAGAACUGAUAAGAAAGCGAAACAGUGAUAUUUACAAAGAAUUUUGUGGCAACCUCAUCGAUGCUGAUUUCUGCUACAUGUGUACCAUGCUCUGGGAGGAAGAGUUCCAGCAAUUUCUCUAUGCAGCGGAUCCGGAACUGACGCCGGAGACGUUGGAAAUCACCGCGGAAUUAUGCAUCCAGGAAGAUACGAUCAAUUGUUGCGAAACUUUUGACUACUGA